CCCCAUCUCCACCGGCUCAUAGAUCCCCGCUUGCAGUACCUUUGUCGGAAGGCCCGCGCGUCGUUGUGUGCGCCGCAUCCAGAGCCCAUGUCGGACUCGGAGGACGACAUCGCCAGCAGCAGGGAGGUCGCCCCCAUCGAGAGCAUCAGCAAUCCGCUCGCCGAUGUCCUCGGGAGAUCUGGAAGUGGGCUCCCGACUCCUUCCUGAAGACGCGUCUUGAGGACACUGGAUGCGCCCUCAAGUAUAUCCCACCCAUGGUGAGCCCCCUCGAUCACAACUAAUCAUUCACGCUCAUGGCUAAUUAGGGACGGCGCCAUGGCUUCCGCCGCUCUGCUGGAGACGACGGUUCAGAUCCAGCGUCCUGGCCGCCAACCUUCUCCGCACUCCCCAAUGCCCAGCACCGGCGCCUCCCUAACCUCCAUGCUCCCAACGCGCUCAGAGGAAAGCAGCCCCGUACAUGUUGGUUACCGAGCGAGGAGACAUUCCUCGAUUAAAUACGAAGUAGGUCGCCUCUAAUCAAAGUUCCAACUCUCGCUGUCGCUCCCUCCGGCCGUGACGCCGUCUCCCUCCAGUCCCGUCCCUGGUCCGCCGUUUCUUUCAGCCGAAAACGAGUCGGACGAUGACGCAGAGCCUGCUGGCCCAUCGGCCUCGGCACCGUCGGUACAUCCACAGGUGGAUCAGAGCCCUUUCCAUCUCUGGCUCCAUGUUUGGGUUGGGCGAGCCGCUCCGUCGUGGCUGACGGGAGGAAGAUGCCUUGCUGCUGCCGGCGCUUUACCCGGUUCAGUGGUGGGUGGCCAAGCUCCGCCCACGGUACCAGCCCCUGUGGCAGAGGGUUUGGAUCCUGGACGCCGUCCUCGCGGCUGCUUGCCAGGUGUUGCAGGCGCUGGGUAAGCAGUGUUUCAUGUGGUCUCCUGCACAACGAUGAACAUCUGCUCAAGCAGGAGGUGUGGCACAAUGGUGGAACAGGCAGGAACGUGUGUAUGCGGGCUUGCCAGUGCCAAACCGUGUGGAUGUCGCAUUCCGUGCAGGUGCCCUCGCUCCGGAACUGUGCCGGGCGAUUGCCUUGUCACGGGCACAGCUGGGCCGCGUCGAUUAGUUUGCAUCCAAGAGAAUGGCCGCUUGUCCAGUCUUCUUCGUCGCUUGGUGUACAUCUCCACAAGGUCUUGAGAUACUCCCGAUACGAUGCGACAGUUUGUGUAUCAAAAUUACAGGGGUUUGACAAGAUACAUAAAGGGUGACACUGUAAAGAUGAGCCAGGGAAGUUGUUGAGAAUAUGCUCAAUCAGAUUAGUGUCAGUGGAGAAGGGUACGUCGCAGUGAGCCAUCUUUAUGCUCGACCGAGUUUCUUUCGCAAGUCUAUAGAUUGGUAUCUGGGUACUUUAUUUUUUAAAUGAUUUUGCGCUUACUUGUGGCUGAAUUCGGUGAUUGCGCAAGGAGGUGAAGGUGACCAGGGCCUCGCAACCAGUUUUCUACGGAUAGGAGAAGGAGCAAAAUGCCAGGAUCUCAUACAUUGCCCUUUUUAUUACUCUUAUAAUUUGUACCUUCAUAAGCAAUGGAGGUGUCACAAUAUGCCACAAUUGCUUGCAGGCUGAAAAUUUCUACACUGUGAGCUAUAGGAGAUGUAGAAUGUGGUGGAAAGGAAAAUAAAGGGUUGCUUGUUAUUUGAGGGAUGCUGUACUUGCAAUGUGCAUCAAAGUCAAAUGAUCUUUUACAUGCCUUGUUGUCCCGUGACAAGCUGCAGAUGUACAUGGAGGGCAUGAGGGGCUUCGACGAUGUGGUGUCCCCGAGGAGCUGUCCCUGGCAUACAACAACAUUGUUGACAAUGUGUACAGUAUGUCUAUCAGAUUUCUCUAUUCCAACCAUUUAGAUUAGCUUUGUUUUUUCACGAAACUAAUUGAAUUCU